AUAUAUACCAUCGUACAUUCUCACUCUCUCUCUCUCCUCCAACACACGCACAGACAGACAAAAAUUGACACGAGUCUUAAUCGCUCACUGUGCGUAUCUUAGUGAGUUAGUCUCUCUUUUUUGUCUUCUACUAAACCCUAAUCUGCAAAAUCUCAAUAACAAAGGGGUUGGGAUGUUAUUAUUAUCACUGUUCUAUCUAUCUAUUUCACUGGUGUGUUAGGUUUCGCAAAUUUAUUUGAUUAUGGAAUCAUCCGAUGGCAAAGAUUUCAAUGAUUUCACCGACCCCUCCACCAGCACCUCUGUUUCUGGUAGCGGGAUGUUCGAUGCCUCCCAGUAUGCGUUUUUCGGUAAAGAGAUAACGGAUGAAGAGGAAUUAGGGGGUCUGGAAGAUGAAGAAGCCGGUCUCUCUGCAUUUACGGGUACAUUUGGUGGCGACGAAGAGUUGAAUGAGUAUCAUUUGUUCGACAAAGAUGAGGGCUCAGGAUUAGGAUCUUUAUCUGACAUAGAUGAUCUAACGACUACGUUUGCAAAGUUGAACAAAAUUGUUUCUGGACCAAGACAUCCCGGAGUUAUUGGUGAUCGAGGAUCUGGAUCUUUCUCGAGGGAAAGUUCAUCAGCUACAGAAUGGACGCGAGAUGCAGAUUUUCCUGAUUGGGUUGAUCAUCAUCAUCAUCAUCGUCAUAUGUCUGACUCGGAAUGUUACGAAGAAAAUAAGAGAUGGUCAUCGCAGCCCCAUCUCUCUUCAAUGUAUAUUCCUGAAUCUAAACCAUUAUACCGGACAUCUUCAUAUCCUCUGCAGCAAUUUUCUAGUGAUCCCGUUGUAGUCCCGAAGUCAUCUUUCACUUCCUUCCCUCCACCAGGUUUACAACAAGCUUCUCUGAAUAAUUCACACCAUCUUAACUUGUCUUCUCUUUCUAGUCUACCUCAAUCACCAUUCUCCGUGCAGAGUGAUUCUCCGUUCUCUAACUCUAGUCUCCAUUUGCCUGGCUUAAGUCGUGGCUACCAUUAUAAUACUAACAUGUCACACCUAACCUCACCUAAUUUUUCUCAUAACAAUAAGCUCCAAAACCACUGGAUUAGCCAUGCUGGUCUUCUCCAUGGUGAUCAGUCUAUCCUAUUGAACAGUAUCUUACAGCAUCAGUCCCAUCAAAAUGUGUUAUUACCUCCGCAGCUAAUACCUUCACAGCCUCAAAGACGCCACCUAUCGUUCCAACCGUCUUCAGCCCAUUUUUCAUCAUUGCAGUCUCAGAUGUUCAAUAGUGUUCCUUCACCAUCACAUUUUAGUCAAUACAGGUUAGCCGAUAAGAAAGAGUCAAAAUCUAGAUCAUCGCAAAAAGGUAAACAAUCUGUUCGAUUCUGUAAUCAAGGAUCAGACGCUAGUAGCAACAGGAGCGACAGUAAUUUGCCACAGUUCAGAUCGAAGUACAUGAGUGCUGAAGAAAUAGAGAGCAUUCUUAAAAUCCAGCAUGCUGCAACACAUGGCAACGACCCUUAUGUAGAUGAUUACUACCACCAAGCCCGCCUUGCAAAGAAAUCUUCUGAAACAAGAUCAAACCAUCGUUUCUGCCCGUCCAACCAGAAGGAACCAUCAUCUCGUUCUCGUAAUAGCACUGAAUCACAGCCACAUCUCCAUGUUGAUGCUCUGGGAAGGAUCGGUUUUUCUUCAGUUCGUAGGCCCCGCCCUCUUCUUGAAUCUGAUGUUCCUCCCUCUCCUUGUGGAGAUAAUAGUACUUCUGAGCAGAAAUCAUCUGGAAAACAUUUGGACCAGGAACCAAUGUUUGCAGCAAGGGUGACUAUUGAGGAUGGGCUACGUCUUAUUCUUGAUGUUGAUGACAUUGACCGGAUCUUACAGUUUACUCUACCCCAAGAUGGCGGAUUCCAGUCUAGGCGGAAGCGUCACAUGUUGUUAGAAGGCUUAGCCGCCUCUCUUCAGCUGGUUGAUCCACUUGGGAAAAGUGUUAAUUCUGUUGGGCUGUCACCCAAGGAUGAUAUUGUGUUCCUACGAAUAGUUUCUGUUUCAAAAGGCCGGAAACUUAUCUCACGGUAUCUUCAGCUUCUUUUACCUGGUAGCGAACUUGCUCGAAUAGUUUGUAUGGCCAUCUUCCGACAUUUAAGGUUUCUGUUUGGGGGCCUUCCCUCUGAUCUUGAAUCGGCUGAUACCAUUAAGGAUCUUGCAAGAACAGUCGCUGUCUGUGUUAGUGGUAUGGAACUUAAUGCACUGAGUGCUUGUCUUGCUGCUGUUGUUUGCUCCACCGAACAGCCGCCUCUUAGGCCGCUAGGGAUUCCUGCAGGAGAUGGUGCCUCAGUCAUCUUAAAGUCCGUUUUAGAAAGAGCAACUCAGUUGUUAAGAGAACCUCAGUCUGCCAGCAGCUUGGGCAUACCGAAUCCUGCUCUUUGGCAGGCUUCAUUUGAUGCAUUCUUUGGUCUUCUGAUGAAGUACUGUACGAGUAAAUAUGAAAGUAUAGUUCAAUCACUAAUGAAUCAAAACCCAGAAAACAAAGAGGUAGUUGGUCCAGAGGCAGGAAGAGCUGUUAGUCGGGAGAUGCCGAUUGAGCUUCUACGUGCUAGUAUUCCCCACACUGAUGACACUCAGAAGAAAUUGUUAAUGAAUUUUGCUCAGCGAUCGAUGAAGUAAAUUCCUGAAUCUGUCAGAGGUUAGCUGAGAAGUUUUGUACAAAUGAUUUGCUUUUAGAGUUGCUGCUUUUAUGCUCAGCAUAACGAUCGAAGGAUGGGGAAUGCGCAUGCAUGCUUUAGGCGGGAUUUUAACGCCUUAAGUUCUACUUUUUUGAACCAUCAGGUGCCCAUACCUUUCGGAGAAGGGUUCAUUUUCUGCUUAUUUUCGUGAAUAUACAAUUAGAUCUGUGUAUUAUGUCAAAAGCUCUCUUAACUGCCAUUUUUUUUAUUUUUCGUUUUCAUGGAGAGCUAUUUGGCAUGUGUUGUUUAAACUCUGGGUUAAAAAUUCAAGUGUAAGGGUGAAUGUACAGGUAAGCCCUUGGGAAAGGUGACAAAAUUCGGGUGUCUGCAGUUUCAUCGUCCUCCUUAAGAAUAGUGUCUUUUUUGGGGGGAACAAAUAUACUUAUAUAGAGGCAAUGAACUCAUCGUAUUUUUAACUAACGAUGUCGGGUUCAGUUUGCACAUAUCUGGAGGCAGGUUAGUAUUAGUAGUAGUAGUAGUUGUAGCUGCAUUGCAUGCUUGUUUGUUCAAAUAUUUCUUCUCUCCCUUUAGAUAUGAUACAUUAUUGCAUUUGUUGUUGACUUUGAUUUAUUGUACACUUUCUUUUUAGGUUCUACCUAAUUCUAUAUGCCCUCUUGUUUCUCAUUAAUAGUUGGGCAACCCUAAGAAUGGGGCGGCUAUUUCAAAUACCAUUUUUUUCAGUUUA